UCAUAGUGUUCCCCGAAGUCAAACUUUGAACCUAACAAACCAAGUAUUCAUCCAAUCCAAUACGGCAAUACCUACUACCUCCUUCCUCUUCCACUCCUCAUGUAUUGAUUAUUCUCCUCUUUCCCUUCAUCCAAACCCAUAUUCAAUAUGGGACUUCAUCACAGAAAACUCUUAUCUGAAUCUGAAUGUGAACGCAUCUGUGAUGAGGAUUGUACCACAGCCACAAGCUCAAACUGUGUUAAUUGCCUCAAAUUCUGCAAUUCCUACAAUCCUCCACCAACACCAUCUGAUCACACCAAACACAAAACCACCACUUACUUGAUCAUAAGUUUUUCUAUUGUAGCAGCUAUUUUCCUUGUUCUUUGCUGCUAUGCAUUCUAUGUCAAGUUUUUCUCCCGUAGGAACAGGUCAAGAAGAAGAGCCUUGUUAACAAGGCAACAAACAGAACAAGGUUUUGUUGUUGGUGAGGAACAUGAUGAUGGUUCUGUUGUGGACCACCCUAUAUGGUAUAUUCGAACUCCUGGUCUUCAACAAUCAAUUAUUAAUGCAAUCACUGUUGUUAAGUAUAAGAAAGAUGAAGGCUUGAUUGAUGGAUCAGAUUGUUCUGUUUGUUUGAGUGAGUUUGAAGAAGAUGAGAAUCUUAGACUUUUGCCAAAGUGUAACCAUGCUUUUCAUUUACCUUGUAUUGAUACUUGGCUUAGAUCACACAUUAACUGUCCUAUGUGUAGGGCUCCUAUUGUUGUUGACCCUUUGAGGAUUCCAUCUAUGGAGCCUAAUGUUUUUGUGGAAAGUUCUCAGAUUGAAGUUUUUGAAAAUAGUGAUGGAAAUGGAGAUAGUGUUGUUUCUCAGUUGAGAAAUGGAGAAGAGGAACCAGGGGAAGAGGUUGAGGAAAAUGGAAGAAGGGUCUGUGAAGAUGGGAGUUCAGGUUUAGAGAUGGUAAAUAUGCAGCCAAGAAGAUCAGUGUCUCUUGAUUCUUCUGCUGCUGCUAAGAUCAAUCUUGCUCUUUCCAAGUUUCUAUCAGUGGAAUCUCAAAGGAAUUGUAAUAGGGAGCAGGUAGGGGAAGUCAAUGAACAAAUUGUUUCAAAGAAGGUUGGUGAAAAUGGGAAUAUGGUAAAUAUGCAUAGUGCUCCUUGUUCAAUGAAUAGGUCAAGAUCCUUCAAUGGUAAACACCUACUAUCUUUGUAUAGUAGCAGUCAGAAGAAGAAAAAUGCUCCACCAAGAAGCUUUUGAUUGUCCUCUUGUCUCAGCUCAGUUCUUGCAUAGUAUCAUGUAUUUAUUUUUAACUCUCAACAAGAUUAUGAGAGUUUGAGAGUUUUAUGUAUGAAUUAAAUAAAUCAAUGUUAUGAUAAAGUGUAUAAUAGCAAAGCAAAAAGGGCACACAAAUUAAACAAAUUGAAGAUUAAUGUUCUUAUUUCUUGCUAUGUUUUGUUCA